AUGCGCUGGAUGCGUACCCUUGUGGCGCUUCUGUUGGCCACGUCCUGCGUCUCCGCCUUCGAUGCGGGGAAUGUCCCUCCCGCUUCAGCGCUCGAGGGCAAAGCGUUUCGCCACGGCGACAUCGAGGAUACACUGCGUGAUUUGAGGCGUAGGCCCAAGAAGCACUUUUGGAAUUUCGAAGAGAAGUUCAACUCCCUCGAUACGGAAAGGGUCUACUUUGGCAACUGGUUGCGAGACUAUUCUCAGGUCAUUGAUGUGGGAACUCUCUCUCGCCACCUUCCUCGUGAGGCCUUGACUUUGGUGGUCGCCUUGCUUUCCUUCAAAGAAACACACUUCGUUACCGAUGAGUUUCAAGUCACCCAGAAGCGGUUAGGUGUCUAUCGCGCCGAGGAACAUGUCGAUAACCCGAAAGGCUAUCCGUUGGAUGCUCGAACUUAUGACGACGAACUUCGGGGCCCUAUCGACCCACGUGAACUUGAGGUGGACGGGAAAACUGGCUUGAGAAAUUACAUGGCCAACGAGAAGGGAAACUGGACUACGUCCUCUGCUUCCAUCCGUAAAACCCUAACCCGGGCCAUUCAAGGGUACCGCGCUGGAAAUGAGACGGAUGGUCUCAGGUUACUAGGACAAGCCCUGCAUACGCUGGAGGACUACUCAGCUCACACCAACUACGUGGAGCUGACUUUGGCGGAGCUUGGAUAUCGCCAUGUCUUUCCAUACAUCGGCGAGCUCGCACCGAUCAAGUACGACUUUAUGCCUGCCGAAAGCGGCGUUUGGGAGACUGUCAGAGACUGGCUGCCUGACUGGCUGUCGUCGAGCGCAAAGCGGGCAGGUUGCUAUCGUCCUAUCUACCCCAUCACAACCGGUACCUUUGGACAGUGGGAUUUGGCCCACUCGCUACUGGGCGAGAUCAAAGACAAAAUCGGCUCCCUUGAGAUCCAGUCGCUGAUGAAGGAGAUGAAGCAAGAAGCACACCUGCAUCGUCGUGAUCCCCUAUCGACAUUGACUACCCUAAUCGGUCUUUUGCGGAAACUUACGCACUUCGACGAAGAGAUGGAAAGCAUCAUCGACGAUAUUGAAAAAACUCUCUCCGAUUUUACCCACCCUCUGAAGAUCUCCCUCAACGACGGUUUAACCGACGAAGAGCGGGAAGUGCUCGCUCGUCUAUGGCGGCUGCUUGAACUGCGGGACAGGAUCAUGAAGAAAGUUUCCGCGAUCAUUGAUCGGAUACCCGGCUUCAGAUGGCUUCAACAGGAAGUUUCAAUUUUAUUCCAGCGAAUCAUAUACAGCUUCAUCGAGCCCCUCGCCACCCCGCUUCUGAUCGAGACGGUUGAGGUUCUGCAGAAAUUAUCCGACAUGGUGACGGCGGCACCGGAUCAGCAGGAAAUCUUCACAUCCUUCAAUGCCACGGACCCAACACACUCCAUCAUAUCAAAGGAUCAUUUCGACUUGCACCUCAACGAACCAGCGGGCCUGGUCGCCAAGGUCAUUGUUGAGCAUGUGGCCAACGCCGUUGUCACAGCUUGGUUCGAUCCAUCGCCUGCCGCGCUCGAUGACGCGGUCAACAUAGCGUUGCAAGUUUUCCAUCACCCAUCGUCGCUCCUCACCCCGAAAAAAACAAGGCUUCAAAAGGAUAUGUUCUCCGCGAUCAAAUCAUGGGCUUCUGCACAUCCCGCCGCUAUCGCAGCCCUCGACAAAGAUUCAGUGCGGGCAGGCUGGCACCGCCGGGUGAAACCCAUGGAGCUGAGCUGCGCGAAUGCUCAGAAAGAUCUGAGCGUUGGUGUGGGCUAUGGCUGGGUGUGCGGAGAUGGUAUCAACCAAGGGAACCCCCCGCCACUCCCCCCACUUCGGGUACCUCAGGAAAGCGGAUUCCGUCGCUGCGAGGGAGUUGGCGGACCGGUCCUGCCCACCACCAGUUCGGUCGUCAGGACGACUACGUCGAGCGUUACAGUAGCUACUCAUACUACAGCCAUCAACUCAACUCAAAAGACGACGAUCCCGACAAGCUUGGGCAUGACAACGGCCAUAAUCACCACCAAACCUCACAUCUUCUCGACGCCUACGCAACACAGCACCACCAGGACGCCGGCUAUUACACUUCGUACUACCAGCGCGGCAGCCCCUUCUAAAACGACGAUGAGUCCAACGGGCUCGGUGACAAAGACAAUUAUGCUUGCCAGCAGCACAACCACGUUGACGCGAUCACCCACGAGGACGAAACCCCCUGCAACCGUCACCGCUACCCUAUCUCGUACAUCAUUUAGACGGCGGAAUCAUCGCAGUUGA